AUGGAAGCUAACCAGAACAUUGUCUACAAAACCGGACUAGAAAACGUCUGGUUAGCAGGACAUUCACUAGGUUCAUCCAUAGCUCUACUGACGGGGAAAUAUGGUAUUCAUAUCGAAACUUAUCUCUUCAAUUCGCCAUCCAUGUCUCCUCCAAUAGAAAGAAUAAAAAACGAGAAGCUGAAGCAUGGAGGGAGGUUUGCAGAUAGGGUUUUUGCAGCAGGACUUGCCAUUGCUGUCAAUGGUGCUCAUAAACCAAAGGCUCCACAAGACGAUCCCUUUAUCGUGUUACUUCUUGGGUUCCAUACUUAUUUCUAA